GGUGUUCACCGACUGUGUCGUCAACAUGUCUUCAACGGAGGCUAAUAAUGGCCCGAGUCAAGCGCCACCUUAUCCAGGUGUACCGCCCUCAGGAAUACCUCCCCCAUUUAUGGGACCACCAGGAAUACCGCCUCACUUCCCUCCCAUGGCAAUGCCUCCAAUGGCACAACGGCCGCCCAGCAUGACACCGAUGCCACCUGGUAUAAUUCCCCCAGGCAUAAUGCCGCCAAUGGGAGCGCCACCAAUGGCACAGAUGCCAGGCAUGUUGCCUCCUAUGUUGCCUGGGAUGAUGCUGCCGCCCCGCAUACCAGCUGCGUCUGUACAGCCAACGGGACCGCCCGGUGUCGACACCACAGUUGCCGCACCUGGAACAUCUAGUACGACUAAUGGAUCCCCACAGGAAGAGCAGCCUAAGAAGAAAUCCCUGUGGACGGAGCACAAAUCGCUGGAUGGGAAGACCUACUAUUAUAACACCGAGACCAAGCAGUCCACAUGGGAGAAGCCCGACGAGCUCAAAUCUCCUGCAGAGCAAAUGCUGUCCAAAUGCCCUUGGAAAGAGUACAAGUCAGACACAGGGAAGCCGUAUUACUACAACUCCCAGACAAAAGAGUCGAGAUGGACCAAACCCAAAGAGCUGGAGGAUGUAGAAGCAAUGAUCAAAGCAGAGGAGAAUGGAACGUCAGAGACGGCAGCAACUCCUGGAAUCGCCGCCGCUCCGACAGCGCAGGCCGAUAGCAUAGCGACUAUGGCAACGGUCAUGGAGGUGGAAACUCCGACAGUGGUCUCAGAGGAGCGCCUGUCCCAGCCGGCCGUGCAUCACACAGCUGAGGUCAAGACCGCAGAUGCACCUGUGGCUUCCUCGGAGAGUACCGCAGCCGCAGAGGGCACGGCAAGCGUUGAAGUCGUGAAAGAAGAACGGCCCGAACUUCAGAAGAAAACCUACAAGUGGAACACAAAAGAGGAGGCGAAGCAGGCUUUUAAAGAGCUGCUGAAGGAGAAGGGCGUGUCCUCAAACUCCUCAUGGGAGCAGGCCAUGAAAUUGAUUAUCAAUGAUCCUCGCUACAGUGCUCUUCCCAAACUGAGCGAGAAGAAGCAGGCGUUCAACGCCUACAAGGUCCAGACCGAGAAGGAAGAGAAGGAGGAGGCCCGGAUUAAAUACAAGGAGUCCAAAGAGACUUUCCAGAGAUUCCUGGAGAACCACGAAAAGAUGACGUCCACCACCAGAUAUAAGAAAGCAGAACAGAUGUUUUGUGAGCUGGAAGUGUGGAGCUGCGUCCCCGAGAGAGACCGGCUGGAGAUUUAUGAAGACGUGCUCUUCUACCUUGCUAAAAAGGAAAAGGAACAAGCCAAGCAGCUGAGGAAGAGGAACUGGGAAGCUCUGAAGAACAUCCUGGACAACAUGGCCAAUGUGACGUACCGCACCACCUGGUCUGAGGCGCAGCAGUACCUGCUGGACAACCCCACCUUCGCCGAGGACGAGGAGCUGCAGAAUAUGGAUAAGGAAGAUGCCCUCAUCUGUUUUGAGGAGCACAUCCGGGCGCUGGAGAAGGAGGAGGAGGAGGAGAAGCAGAAGACUCUCCUUCGAGAACGAAGACGACAGCGCAAAAACAGAGAAGCCUUCCAGAAAUUCCUGGACGAGCUGCACGACCACGGCCAGCUUCACUCCAUGUCUGCCUGGAUGGAGAUGUAUCCCACCCUCAGCUCGGACAUCCGCUUCGCCAACAUGCUGGGCCAGCCGGGUUCGACUCCUUUAGACCUCUUCAAAUUCUACGUGGAAGACCUGAAAGCCCGCUACCACGACGAAAAGAGAAUCAUCAAAGAUAUUCUGAAGGACAAAGGCUUCCUGGUUGAGGUGAACACCAGCUUCGACGACUUUGGGUCGGUCAUCAGCUCAGACAAGAGAGCCACCACUCUGGAUGCAGGGAACAUAAAGCUGGCCUUCAACAGCUUGCUGGAGAAGGCUGAAGCCAGAGACCGGGAGCGCGAGAAGGAAGAAGCCCGGAAGAUGAAGAGGAAAGAAGCUGCUUUCAAGAACAUGCUGAAGCAGGCGACUCCGCCGCUGGAGCCAGAGGCCACCUGGGAGGGGGUCCGAGACAGGUUCCUGAAAGAGUUGGCCUUCGAGGACGUCACUCUGGAGUCAGAGAGGAAACGGAUAUUCAAAGAUUUCAUGCACGUCUUGGAGCACGAAUGCCAGCAUCACCACUCCAAGACGAAGAAGCACUCCAAGAAGUCCAAGAAGCACCACAGGAAGCGUUCCCGCUCCCGAUCGGGCUCAGAGUCUGAAGAGGAGGAAUACCACAAGAAGAAGAAGCGAUCGCAGUCCAAAUCCCCGUCGGAGCGCUCCUCCAGCGGAGAAUCCGAGAGGAGCUAUAAAAAAUCCAAGAAGCACAAGAAGAAGGCCAAGAAGCGACGUCACAAGUCUGCGUCGCCCGACUCCGACGGCGAGAAGAAAGGGAGAGAGCGAGACGGCAAGCGUGAAAAAGACGCAGAGAAGGAUAAAGAGAACGACAAGUCUCGGGGGAAAUCUCGCGCCGAGUCCAAACAGAAGUCCCCCAAAAGGAAAGCAGCCAAAGAGGAGGGUGGCUGGGACACAUCGGGCAGCGAGCUGAGCGAAGGCGAGCUGGAGAAACGGAGGAGAACUUUACUGGAGCAGCUGGACGCUCCGUGACGACGCCUCGGCCCGGCUCGGCUCCACACUUCCUCCAGCAGGCGUUCCCGUCCUCGCGGCUCGCUCCCGCCGCCCCGGACCGCCGCGGGAACGCGCCGCACUGAGCCUACUCUUACUUUGUGACUGAUGCGAUAGCAGGAAGCUGGUCGGCUGAUCAAUGGUUAAAUAUCGAGUUGUCUUUUGUUAGCUUCAAGUACUCUUUAGUAGGCUGUAGUUGUACAUUUUUUCCAUUGCCAAUAAUUCUUUUUUUUUUUUUUUUUUUAUACUUCAUUAAAAUCAUAUCUUAACUGUCACACUGACUGCCUCUGGCCUGAAGAGAAAAAGAAAUCUGAAAUGAGAUUUGGGGAAAUGUUAAUGUUUGGAUCCAACUUCCAUGUUUUAAUUGGUUUGUUUGUCGAAGAUGGUUCAAUGUAAUAAAGUUCUGUUUCAAUCGAAGCCGACUAGAGUCCU